AUGAUACCGGUGGACAUUGUACAGACGUUCUUCACUAAACGAACACAACAUCACAUACAAUAUCUGUAUGUAAAGCCGAAAGACCACAAACCGACAUUAUGCUUUAUUCCUGGUUUUCAAUCUGACUUCAUCACCUCAAAGAAAUCCCACCUUGUUUAUCAAUUAUGUAAAAGACACGAAUUUGGAUUCUUAAGUUGGAAUCACUCUGUCCUCGACUCUGAAACAAGUAUUUUCGACUGGUAUAACGAUGGUAUUGAUCUUUUGAGCGAAUUCCAUAUUGAUUAUAUUGUGUGCGCAAGUAUGGGAUUAUGGAUAUCUUUAUUAAUGUCCACUAACAUGAAAAUACGAGGAGUUCUCAGCAUUGGCGGCGCUAUUGAUGUUACUGAGAAAUGGCUUUCCGAAAUACCGUCUGACAGGAAGAACGAAAUCAAAGUAUAUAAAAGGCCAAGCACGUAUGAUCCAAGCGGGUAUUACGACAUUCCCAUGCAUUUCCUGAUCGAAUCUCGGAAGGCUUGUUUGCAGAUAAAAGAUAAUGGUAUCAAUUAUGACAAAGCUAUACCAAUAUACAUGUUGCACGGACAAAAGGAUGUCGAUUGCAGCAUAGAAGAUGCGCGACUGAUAAAAGAAUUUUUGGUCAGAAACCAACAAAAAAAUGUUCGAUUUUAUGAAAUAGAAGAUGGUGAUCAUCGGCUAUCAAAGCCUGCUGAACUGCGAUUCAUCGAACAAAAAAUUAUAGAUAUGAUAUCAAAAAAUUGA